AUGAAAUUCGGUAAGAGCCUCAGCAGCCAGAUCGAGAAAACUCUACCGGAAUGGCGGGACAAGUUCCUCUCCUACAAAGAACUCAAGAAGAAGCUUAAGAACUUAGAACCGGCCGCCGCCGGUGAGGACCGUCCCGCAAAACGUCUUAGGAUUGAUUCCGGUAGUGGCAACUCUGCCGCCGAUGCCGGAGAAAUUCCAAAGGAGGAGAGUGACUUCAGGAACUUGUUGGAGAAUGAACUCGAGAAGUUCAACAACUUUUUCGUUGAGAAAGAGGAAGAGUACAUUAUUAGGCUCAAGGAGUUGAGAGAUAGGGUGGCUAAAGUAAAGGAUUAUAGUGAAGAGAUGAUGAAAAUUCGUAAAGAAAUAGUAGAUUUCCAUGGAGAGAUGGUUUUGCUGGAGAACUAUAGUGCCCUGAAUUACACAGGGCUAGUGAAAAUACUGAAAAAAUACGACAAGAGAACCGGUGCACUCAUUCGCUUGCCCUUCAUUCAGAAUGUUUUGCAACAACCUUUUUUCACCACGGACAUGAUAUACAAGCUCGUCAAGGAGUGUGAAACAAUGCUGGACUACCUCUUUCCUGUCAAUGUUCCUCCAGCUGUUGAUGAGAUAAUCCCCGAGGCUGAAGGAUGCGAUCCUUCAACUUCAACCACCACCGAGAGUGAUGGUUUGCUGAUUCCUAAGGAAUUAGAGGAGAUUGAGUACAUGGAGAGCCUUUAUAUGAAGAGCACCAUAUCAGCUUUGCAUGUUUUGAAGGAAAUUCGAAGUGGAAGCUCGACAGUUAGCAUGUUUUCGUUGCCACCCUUGCAAUUAAGUGGAUUGGAAGAAACAUGGAAGAAAGCCACAGUUCUUGAACAAGCAGCCAAGUAA